GAUGGGUCAUUUUUUUAUUUUCAUCUGAUAACAAAGAAACAAGAUCGAAGAGUAAAAACUUAAUAAAAAUGAUUACUCUUGUACCGCCGGACGGAGGAUAUGGUUGGAUAAUCGUCAUAGCAUAUGCAUUUAACAGUCUUGCCAUGAUACCUAUCAUGCAAGGUUCAGGUUUAAUAUUUAAGGAUUUGUUUCCAUUGUUAAACAUCAAUGGUACACAAAGCAGCACUAUUAUUAGUACCAACUCGGCAUUUGGCAUGAUAUUAGGUUUAAUCAAUGGUCCACUUUUACGAUAUUUUGGGUACAGAAAAGUGGCCAUCGCUGGUUCUCUGUUAUAUUCUAUCGGUAUAAUACUAACAACGUUCUCAAGAACAUUUACUCUUAUUAUGAUCACGUACGGUGUGAUAGCAUCUGUCGGAAUGAACCUUGCAACAUCGGCCUUUUCUCUCGCACUCAACACCUACUUCACAACGAAGAGAGGACGUGCAACCGGUUGGGCCAUCACUAUUAUGGGUAUAGGUUCGAUCUUUAUGCCACCAAUAACAACUUUCUUGCUCCAUAAGUACGGGUCUCAGGGCACGCUAUUGAUAUUUGGUUCCUACUCUCUACACGCGGUAAUAGGCGCUUUAAUGUUACAUCCUAUAAAAUGGCACAUGAAAAAACAAUCAAACGUUAAAGAUCAGGAUAAGCAGAAGAUUAUCGAGAACAUAGAAAAAGAACACUCUGUUGAAAACGAAGAUACUUUUCAUGACGCGCUAUUGAUGGAAGAACAACAAAAGCAUAAAAAUCUAACUAUAACAAAUAUCAAUCACGAUGUCGAAGGCAUUAGCAUUUAUGGUUUUGAAACUCCAUUAUCACGACAGCUUUCAGAAACGACGAGAACCAUUUCGCAAGAGAUGAGUCUUGAUGGUUGGACAUGGAUUAAUAAUUACGAAUCAAGUAAUCGAACACGUUCCAAGUCAGAUUAUCACUGGUGGAAUUCAGCGAAAAGCAUAAAUACUAUCAAUCUAAACAGUAGUCUAAGAAUUUUCGAUGAAGAUCCAGCUUGCCAACCUCUGCGAAAGAAUUUAAGCUUCAGUAGUACGAAUAAAAUAUCAAAAGCGAAUAGUUGUCAAAGUAUAAGGGAAGAUAAUCACAUUCCACAAAACAAUAACGAGAUAAUGAUAAAUGAUUCAAAUAUAGAGAAUCAAAACGAUAGUUGUGAAAAACAAAAAAAGAAAACGAGAUUCGUGCGAAUUUUACGAUGGAUAAUCGCCUUUUACGAUCUCGAUCUUCUACGAGAUCGUAUAUAUGUCAAUAUAAUGUUGGGCAUGUCGAUUGCCAUUUUCGCGGAAAUUAAUUUCUCUUUAUUGACUCCCUUCAUUCUGGCUGACUGUGGUUUGUUGACAAAUGAAAUCGCAAUUAUAAUGAGCACCAUUGCCUCGGUUGAUCUUGUUCUCCGAUGUUGUGCUCCAUAUCUUGGAGAAUGGCUUCAUCUAACACCGAGACCAAUGUACACUAUCAGUUUGAUCUUACUUAUUAUUAGCAGAACAGGUUUAAUAUUUACCCAUUCUUUUACACAAGUGAUAGUUGUUGCUACAGGUUUAGGAAUUGCCAAAGGGAUUAGAUCUGUUUAUAUGUCAUUGGUCAUACCAAGCUAUGUGCCGAUUAACCGACUACCAUAUGCUUCUGCGAUACAGAUGAUGGUAAAUGGAUUCAUCAUGAUAAGUGUUGGACCAUGUUUAGGUAUAAUUAGAGACGCAAUGGGAAGUUACACGCCCUGCAUCGUCAUAAUUAAUAGUAUGACGGCCUUGACCGUCACUCUAUGGCUGACGGAGUUGAUCAUCUUGCGAAGAACGAAACUACGAUUAAAACAAACACAACAGGAUCUCAUUGAACAGAAUAUUUAGAAAUAUAAUAGAAUCGUUUUUACUGUACAUUCGGUCAUAAAUUAAGAUAUAUUUUAAUUUAAUAUCGAAAUAUUAUUUUGGCAAUUUUCUCAAGUUCUUUUAUGCUUUUUAACAAAGAAAUAAAAGGCGAUGUUGGAAUGGCCUUAAUUAA